CUUCAAAAAAAAAAUGGUCGGUGGCGGUAGUAUUUACGAGUUACGAAGUUGGAUGUAUUUGCACAAAGAUUCCGACGGGAGAGUGACGAAUGCAUUUCUGAACGGGCUAGAGACAUUCAUGCACCAGGCGGGCUGUACACCGAUCACGCAGGAAAGCGGUAAGAUGUUCUGCCCCUGUCAAAAAUGCAAAAAUUCGAAAUUUGUACGUAGUGAAACUGUAUGGAAUCAUUUAGUAAACAAAGGAUUUACACCACAGUACUACAUUUGGUAUCAACAUGGAGAGGGUUAUGGGGGAAAUGAAGCUAGUAGUAGUAAUGAUAAUUUUGAGGAUGCUCAUCAUAAUGAAGAAUCGAAUCAUGUGCAUAAUGAAUAUAAUUAUCAUGAAGAGGAGCAGAUGGUAGAUCAUGAUAGGGUUCAAGAUAUGAUUAGUGAUGCAUUUUUAGAAACAACUACAACAAUAGCUGAUGGAACUGGAAAUGUAGAAGAACCUAAUUUGGAUGCAAAAAGGUUUUAUGAAAUGCUAGAUGCUGCAAAUCAACCAAUCUACACUGGUUUUAGAGAAGGUCUCUCUAAAUUGUCUCUAGCAGCUAGGAUGAUGUAUAUUAAAACGGAUCAUAAUUUACCUGAGAAUUGCAUGGAUGCAUGGACGGAGUUGUUUAAAGAUUAUUUGCCAGAAGACUACGUGUCUGCUGAAUCUUAUUAUGAGAUUCAGAAAUUGGUUUAUAGUCUUCGGUUACCCUCGGAGAUGAUUGAUGUUUGCAUCGACAACUGCAUGAUCUACUGGAAGGAAGAUGACAAGUUAGAAGAGCGUCGAUUCUGCAAAAAACCACGAUUCAAACCACAAGGCCGUGGGAGGAAUAGGGUACCGUACCAAAUGAUGUGGUACCGACCAAUUACAGACAGAUUGAAAAGAUUAUAUCAAUCUGAGAGGACUGCUGCGUCGAUGAGGUGGCAUGCCGAACAUGUCCAGAGAGAUGGUGAGGUUGCACAUCCAUCAGACGCAAGAGCGUGAAAAUAUUUCAACAAGGUACAUGCAGAUUUUGCUACAAAUAUUCGGAAUGUCUAUCUUGGGUUAUGCACCGAUGAUUUAGUCCAUUUGGAAUGUCUGGUAGACAAUAUUCUUUGUGGCCAGUCAUUCUUACGCCGUACAAUUUACCGCCGGAUAUGUGCAUGGAACAAGAAUUUCUAUUUUUGACCAUAUUAAUCCCUGGGCCGAAGCAUCCAAAAAGGUCUCUUGAUGUUUUUCUUCAACCGUUGAUAGAAGAGCUAAAGCAAUUGUGGUCAGAAGGGGUGAGGACGUACGAUUGUUCCUUGAAAAACAAUUUUACGAUGCGAGCAGUUCUGCUGUGGACGAUAAGUGAUUUUCCUACUUAUGGGAUGUUGUCUGGCUGGACAACACAUGGAAGAUUAUCUUGUCCGUAUUGUCUUGGAUCCACGGAUGCUUUUCAACUGAAAAAUGGUAGGAAGAGUUGUUGGUUUGAUUGUCAUCGUCGCUUUCUUCCACUUGUCCAUCCGUACAGAAGAAAUAAGACAUUGUUUCGACAUAAAAAAAUUGUCAGAGACAGUCAUCCUCCAUAUUUCACCGGCCAGCACAUCGAAGCGGACAUUGAUUAUUACGGAGCUCAGGAAACAGUUAAGGUUGGAGGAAAUUAGUAUUUUCCUGGAAAUAGGCCUGAUGGGUAUGGUGUCUCUCACAAUUGGCAUAAGAAGAGUAUAUUUUGGGAGCUACCCUAUUGGAAGGAUCUUCUCUUACGCCACAAUCUGGAUGUCAUGCAUAUCGAGAAAAACUUUUUUGAGAACAUCAUGAAUACAUUACUUAACGUCCCUGGAAAGACAAAAGAUAACAAAAAGUCAAGGAUGGAAUUACCUGAUAUUUGCUCAAGAAGUGAGUUACAUAUCAAGAGCAAUGGAAACGUUCCUGUUCCCAUCUUCCGGUUGUCAUCAGCAGCCAAAACAACCUUGUUUAACUGGGUUGCAUCGGAAGUUAAGUUUCCUGAUGGUUAUGUUUCAAAUCUGUCAAUAUGUAUUGAACGAGGUCAAAAGUUCUCCGGAAUGAAGAGUCAUGAUUGUCAUGUGUUUAUGCAACGACUGCUUUCAUUUGCUUUUGCCGAGCUCCUUC